UGACAUUUCUUAUUUAGAAAUUUCUCACCAAAAAAACUAGCAUACACUUGAGAACGCGUUUAUUACGAAAAAAACUAAUGUAUUAAAUAAUAAAGAUUUCAAUAAAAAUCACUGCAAAACUUUAUAAUAUAAAUUUUAAGUUGUGUUUUUAUAAAAGAUUUUAAAACACUAUUAAAAACAUGGGAAACGCUGUUUCUAUUGCCCAUAUGCAGGCCAGCCAAGGUAUGCCUAAAAGUCAUGAACAUAUGAUGGCCUCUGGUGCCAACCCCCCACCAGAAUGUCCCAUGCAUCAGAAAGAUGGUGGUGCUGCUACUGCCACUAAGCCACCACAUCCCAAAAUGGAAGCGACAACCGGAUCUGCCUCUGAAUGCCCUGUCAAACAUGACAACAGUGAUAUCAAUCCCUUAAAUAUGAUGCCUCCUGCCAAUCAACAACCUUCACCUGGUCAACCCUUCCCCUUGUCAACUGAGCGCCAAACCUCAUCAAUUCCUAAGGUUACCGAAGAUGGCUCCACACAAUUCUGGCAAUAUCCCAGUCAACAAAUGUUCUGGAAUGCUAUGUUGCGCAAAGGUUGGCGCUGGAAGAACGAAGAUGUCUCGCAAAAAGAUAUGGGUGAUAUUAUCCGUAUUCACAAUGCCAACAACGAACAGGCCUGGUGUGAAGUAUUGAAAUGGGAAGCUUUACAUGCCAAGGAGUGUGGUAAUCCACGUCUCAAGAGUUUUGGUGGCAAAGCUUCAGAUUACAGUCCUCGUGCUCGUUUCCGCAGUAUGUUGGGUUAUGAAUUACCUUUCGAUCGUCACGAUUGGAUUGUUGAUCGUUGCGGCAAAGAUGUACGCUACGUUAUUGAUUACUACGAUGGUGGUGUCGUUGAUAGUGAUUAUAAAUUUGCCAUACUUGAUGUUCGCCCAGCUUUAGAUUCUGUUGACAAUGUCUGGGAUCGUAUGCGUGUAGCUUAUAUGCGUUGGAAGUUUGCCGCGCUCGAUAUGAUUAAAGGUCCCGAGACAUCUACCAGUAGCGGCAAAGUAGACCAUUAAACUCAUAUAUUUAAAGCUCUUAACUAUCCUUAAAAAAAAACUUAAAGGAAACUAUUAGGUUAAAUAAAUUAAAUAUAAAUCAA